AGAGGAGGUGUUCUGUGGUUUGGUGUUGUGAGGCGCGUCCGUUUUCAAAUGUAUGUCGUCACAGUUUACCAGAAUCUUAAAUUUCCAGAAAUAAACUAAUGUCGGUGGACUUUAUUCGCACUGUGGGGAGCAAUCUCGGGUCAGUAAUAUUGCGCGAGCCUUGUGUGAUGACGAUUAACGUUCUAGGUUACGUGCUUGUCGCGCUCGUCGAACGUAAUGACUGAAAUUCUUUUAUCCCCAUUAUACUGAUCGCCGGUUUAAUGGUCAAUCCCCCGCAGUGGAUACGAGCCAAAACGCAGGCACAAGCAAGUAGUGGCUCGUUCUGUUUGCCGGCACGCGCCGUGGCUCGUCAAACGGCAUCGUUCGGUUACAAGCUUCACCGAUUACGGAGCGUUUUCCGGUGUCAAUUGAAAAGUGAUUUAUCAGGAACAACUUGUGCCUGUGCCGACAGUGAUCGGUGUUCAGUUUCCAGGGACGUAGUCAGGCGUUCGGGUGUCAGGCUAGGUGUACGCUUAUAGGAUCUCAAGGCCAUGCGAACCGCUACACCUCCAUCUGAAGGGCCUGCUGGUUCGUCACAGCCUGCGGAUGAAGCAAGAGAGUUGUCCCAGACGAAAUGCAGUGAAAAAAAAAACAUUGGCGGUACUGCUGAAUUUCGUUGGUCAUCGAGACAGGUUGGUGGCUUGAGUACACCAUAUCAAUCCGAAAUAGCAGAAACAUUCUCUAAAAGGUCUCCGAGGAAUGGACAACCCCAUUCCCUUCAUCGCCAAUUUUCACAAUCCAGGGCUUUGAGUUUGGGGGAUGGCUCCAAUUCAAGAUAUCGAUCAAAAACGGCAAAACGUCUUCUGAAAACUCCAGAUCCGCCAAAAUCUCCUGAAUUUUCAAAAACUGCAGACACUUUGAAGAAGACUCCGGAGCUUCCUUCAUGUUGUUGCACGCCUUCACAGGCAAGGGCUUUGAGUUUGGAUGAUGGCUCUAGUUCAAGAUAUCGAUCAAAGAUAUCAGGACAUCUUGCCAAAACACCGGAACCACCCGAGACUCCAGAAAUUCACAAGAGUCUGUACCUUCUAAAGACGCCGGAGCUUCCUAAGACACCGGAACUUCCUAUGACACCGGUACUUUCCAAGGCACUAGAACCCCUUUCACCUUGUUGCCCGACUUCACAGUCCAGUUUCCAGUGGCGGAGGAGUUCUAUAGAAAAAAAGUCUGCCACCUUGUCUGGGCUCGAGGCUUCUCUUGAAGCUGCUGAGCAGCCUUCUCGAAACUUAUCUCAGCGAUCAAGUGCUUUAGUCCUUGGAACACACAGUGACCCUUCUGGAGGCGUACAUUCAUGUCAUUCCACUCAAGGCCACAGUGGUGUACCUGGAAAGAAUACUCAAGGCUCACAACGCUCUCUUCCAAAUGUUCUUCCCGAGACUCCUCUAGCAAUUCGCAAGUGUAUGGAGAAUCCAGAACUAUUUAAAGUACAGUUGCCGAUUAGUGAUGACGAGGAUGAAUCUGACAAAGAAAGACGAGCACCAGGUUCACGCGUGGCAUGCAGCUGCUGUGACAGUGACUUCUUCGAAAACGCAGCACCAAGCCCCCAUUGCCAGAUCCCAGCUAUCCAACCCAUCAGGCAAAGCAGUGUCUAUCUCAAACAUUUCUUUCCCGUAAGGAAUGAUCACGAAAAGUGCUGUUCAAGUUCUGUGACAUCUAAGAGCUCAGUUCACAAAGCAUCUCUUGCCAAGGCGCCAACCUCUGGCAUGCAAAAGAAGGCAGCAUACUCCGAUCAACCGCGGCAGCUGCAACAGCAGUGCUUUUCAGAAAGAGGACACAUGCUCCCUAAGACAUCUUGUAGUGCCCGGGCUGAAGGAGCUGCAUUGGGCUCAUCGCUUCCUUGCAAAGCUGCGUCUAUGAAGAGUGACCCUGGUGGCUCUAAAGGUGCCAGACUACCAGAAAAGGACAAAGCUUCAGGCAGGAGGCCCUGCCGUGCAUCUUUUGAGGAGCGAAAUCGUGCCCUGCACAGCCGUCAAGUGAACACUCAGCAGGGGCCAAAAGAUUUUCAGCAUUCAAAAAAAAGUAUGCUGAGCCUGCUGCUUGAUGCUAAGCCACCCAAAAGAUAUUUCGACAUUGAAAUAAAUGGAAAGAUGUAUCAAAUGGUGAACCUUAUUGGAAGAGGUGGAUCGAGCAAGGUUUUCAUGAUGCUCAACCCCAGAAGGGAGCUAUGUGCAGUAAAGCUGGUCAGCUUAGCCGAUUUGCCAUCAGAUGUGAUGGAGGCUUACAAGCGGGAAGUUACCAUUCUGAAGGAGCUUCGAUCUUGUGACCGGGUAGUACAUCUUCUAGACAGUGAACUCAACGUGAAGGACAAGGUACUGGCCUUAGUAAUGGAAAAGGGAGACGAAGAUCUCGCUUCUGUGCUCAUGAACAGAAAGGAGGACCUUGAUCCUGUCACAAUCAAGUUUUACUGGUCAGAGAUGUUGCUGGCGGUCAAGGAGAUCCAUAAAAACCGUGUGGUCCACUCUGACCUUAAGCCUGCAAAUUUUAUAUUUGUGGCUGGAAAGCUCAAGUUAAUAGAUUUCGGCAUUGCAGAUAAAAUUCAAGAGGAUGUCACAAGCAUUCUAAAAGAGUCACCGGCAGGCACAUUGAACUUCAUGUCCCCGGAGUCCAUCAAAUCUUCUACUCAAAAAGGGGGGAAAGACUUGUUGAAGAUCAAUCUGAAGUCGGAUGUGUGGUCACUAGGGUGUAUAUUAUACAACCUUGUCUACGGGAAGACUCCCUUCCAAGACAUCUCUUCAGCCCAUGCCAAGCUGUUGGCUAUUGCUGAUAGCAAACGAGCGAUUGACUUUCCACCUGUCAAUGACCCUCAUCUAUUAGAUGUUAUGAAGCAAUGUUUGAAUCGGGAUCCCCAGAAGAGGCCUACCAUACCAGAACUGCUUGGACACCCAUACCUCUCUGGAAAAAUGGCACCACAACCAGGCAGUCUGUCCAUGUCUGCAAACCCACAUGUGCAGUCACUGAUUAGUCAGAUCGAGAACUUGUCUCCAGCAAGUGCAGACAAAGUGAAAGAGGCUUUGAAGUCGAUCAAAAGGGGAAAGCCGUGACUGGCAUGGCAUGUAAUUGCUGAGGUUAUUUUUCCUUUUCCUUUUUUUUUAUAUGUAAUUGCGUCAAUCACUGCUUGUGAUGUCUGCACGCAAUCGCUGAAAACCUUGUGUAGUAGUAUUUUUUUGUAUUUUGACUUAGCUAGUUAUACAGCCUCACUUAGGUUUUGCAGGACAUCAAGUGGUGCAUGAGGGCAAAAAUAAAAUGUCAACCGCACUUUA